AUUUUACAUUAGAUAAGCCUCACACUAAAGAGAUUUCAGCUAAGGAGACAUUGACAAAAAAGAUUAGCCGGAAAAAGAAAGUUAGUAUAAAUAAGGUAGAAUAUGAUACCAAAGUUUCAUCACAUAUAGUAGAAAAAAAUAUCUCUUCUAUAGAUAAUGCACAGAGUAUACAAACUUUGUCUGAUAUAUUUAGAAGAAAAGCUGAUCUUGAAAAAUUAAUAAAAGAUACUGAAAAAUUAGCUCCUAUGUGCCUGUCUUUGCCUCAGUAA